AUGCUGUGGUGUUGUCAGGUAGAGAACCACGAAGACUUCGGGCAGGGGGUCGUGCGGGAGAAGCGUGUGGUGGAGUUGCUCGACAAGCGCAUCUGGGACUGGUGUGGCCUCUGCGUGUUUUUCAUCGUCUUCGCUCUCUUGGGGAUCAUCACGGUUUUUCUGGUGGAGUACACUUCCAACGCAAUCUCUGAGACCAUCGAAGGGGUGGUGGCAUUGGCGGCAAGCGUGGUGGGCGCCCUCGUCCUCACGAUCGUGAAGUUUUUGCUUCAGGUGCGCGCUCGCGGGGUCUUUGAUACCGCACAAGGUGUCUUGAGAAAGGCAUAUGUAGACGGGAAGAAGAGCGUUGGUGACGGCCGCCUCGGGUUCAUGUCGGAGGUCAAGGAAGAGCUGCGUGCGACACAUCUUUUACUGCAACAGCCGGAGGCACAGAUGGUCGUGUUCCUCGCUGUUGACCCGAGAAUCAUCGUUUCUGCGAUCGACAAGAAGUUAGAGGACGUUCCAGACGAGGUGAACGGGCUGGUGUAUCUCGAGAAGAUCAUACACAUUCCGUUUUGUCUUCCGCAGAUAUCGAAAGAAGAUCAGCGCAAUUAUCUUCAAGGCCUCCUGAGCGAAGAACCGCCCGCCGCCCCCUCCUCAUCUCCUCCGAGUCGCCCGGAGGGGGCUGCGAGCACAAGUAGCUCCACAGACGCUGCACCUACUACUGUGGCACCCGUAACAGGCCCCGAACCUCCGAGCGCACCGAUUUCUACCGUUCCAUCGACUGGCACUGGCGCCUCUCCGCGAACCCCUGAAGUCCGUGAGACUCGUGAGACUCGUCGUGCGCUGACUGCGGCGGAGCGUACGGUGUUCACUGCAGUCUUGGAGAAAAUCAAGGCAACUCCCCGCAAGAUCAAGCGUGCGGUGAACGUGUACGUUCUUCAGCGAUCGCUGGCGAAACUAAAUGGACUGGAUGACGACAAGUUGCCAGCCCUCGUGAAGUGGAGCAUCCUGUCGGAAUUCUGGCCUUGCCGUGUGUCAGGCAUCGCUUCUGCCGCGCAAAACGGACUAGAGGUGGACGACAUCACAACCGCGUACGACGUUGGCGUUCGCGGGAAUCAGGACAAGGAAAAAUUGAAGCCGCUCUAUCUAAUCGAUGGCCCGGAGGGAAGCUUUUUGGAUGCUUUGCGCGUAAAGGACACGCCCACCAUAUCGAGUGUGCAGGUUCUGGAGUUUUUGCCGUACUCGGUGGGCCUGAACCCUGCGAUAGUGUCUGCGGUCGAAGCUGACAUGAGGGAAGCUCCAGCUCCAGUGGUCGAAGCGAGGACUAGGGAAGCUGGAGUGGAAGAAGCGAAGACGGGGGGCUCUGCAGAGUGA